AUGUCGGCCGAUGCCUUGACCGUUGAGACUUUCACAGAAUAUGGCAUUGGGAUGGUCUUUUUGAUUGUCCGGCUAUAUGCCAGGUUGACCACGGGAGGUAUUCGUGGGCUCCGACUUGAUGAUGCUUUUGCAGUUGCUGGAAUGAUAUUUUGGACUAUGCAGACCAUCAUCAUUUACCUACUUGGGCUAUUUGGCAACAACAUCGGGUUAAACGACAAAACAGCCAUGCUAGUCCCAGAUAGCAAAAUGCACAACAUGAUCCUUGGAUCCAAGUUGGCGUUCAUGAACUGGAUAUGGUAUAUUUGCUAUAUUUGGUGUUUGAAAGGGGUUCUUCUCUGUCUCUACUGGAAGCUCACACAAGGACUCUGGCACCGUCAUCUCGUCACGGCGGCAGGAGGGUUCUGCGUGGUGACCUGGCUUGCAUGUCUCUUGACACACAUCUGUCUGUGCACACCAGUCGAACGGAACUGGCAAAUCAAGCCCUACCCCGGAGACAACUGCACUCUCAGACCCCCAUUAUACAUCGUGAUCGCCGUCUUUAACGUGCUAUCGGACCUCUGCAUAAUUCUCAUUCCAAUCCCAAUCCUCGCCAAACUCCAAGUUCCCCUCCAACGCAAACUAAUCCUAGUGAUAAUGUUCUCAUCGGGAAUCUUCAUCAUGAUCUGCACAGUCCUCCGAGCCUACUACUCCCUCACCUCAAUCACAAACCUCCCAAUAGCCCUAGGCUGGGCCGACCGAGAAUGCUUCGUCGCGGCAAUCGUCGUCUCCCUCCCAGGAAUCAAACCACUCUUCCGCAACUCACGCUGGCUGGGCUCGUCAAACCACAAGAGCUCCAAAUCCCCGUACUACAACGGCGACGGCUAUAAUGCAUUUGGGUCGAGGGCUUCUGGGAAGACGAAGACUUUCGUCACAUCCCGCCCGAGGAGGAGUGGGAAUUUCGAGCUCGAUAGUGUUUUGAAUGCGACGAAGGUGAGCCGUGACGGAAGUCAGGAGUAUAUCCUUGACGGCGAGAGGAUUGCAUCGCCUGCCGCUGGGCAGGCUGAACAGGCUGCGCAGCGUGAUAUGGCUAUUCGUGUUACGACUGAAUAUACCCUUGAGCGUGAACAGGGGACUAAUGGUCUUCCGAAGCGUCCGAAAGUAUAG